AUGGGCAAGUUUGUGAAACCUGGGAAGGUGGUGUUGGUCCUAGUUGGAGGCUACUCAGGACACAAAGCUGUCAUUAUGAAGAACAUCGAUGAUGACACAUCAGACCCUCCCUACAGCCAUGCUCUGGUGGCUGGAAUUGACCACUAUCCCUGCAAAGUGACAGCAUCCAUGAGCAAGAAGAACAUUGCCAAAAGGUCAAAGAACAAGUCUUUUGUGAAAGUUUAUAACUACAAUCAUCUCAUGCCCACAAGGUACUCAGUGGAUAUCCCCUUGGACAAAACUGUCAUCAACCAGGAUGUCUUCACAGACACUGCUCUUAAACCCAAGGCCCAUCGGGAGGCCAAGGCUGAGUUUGAAGAGAGGUACAAGACAGGUAAGAACAAAUGGCUCUUUCAGAUGUUUCAGCUUUUGAUCUCAGGGAAAUGGAGUGACACUCAACACCACUGGCUAACGAUACAGCUGGCCGACUCUGACCUCCUGGAUUCUGGCCAGCAGUUGUCCAAUCUGUGCUCUGCAGUCAAGGGACUUGAAGUUGAAGCAUCAUCCCUCGUAUUGUCCGUUCCACCCUAA